AUGGCUUCCUUCAAAGCAUUUUUAAACAGUCCCGUUGGUCCCAAAACAACUCAUUUUUGGGGUCCCGUUGCUAACUGGGGAUUUGUUGUUGCUGGGCUUGUGGACAUGCAAAAACCUCCAGAAAUGAUAUCUGGCAACAUGACUGCAGCAAUGUGUGUAUAUUCCGGGUUGUUCAUGAGGUUUGCAUGGAUGGUACAGCCUCGCAACUAUUUACUUCUUGCCUGCCAUGCUUCAAAUGAGUCGGUGCAACUUUAUCAACUCUCCCGUUGGGCCAAGGGUCAAGGGUACUUGGGGGGAGAGAAGAAGGACGAGGCCUCAUCUCAAUGA